CGCUGUGAGGGGAGGCAGGAAAAUGGCGCUGACGCAGGGCACGAAGCGCAAAGUCUGCUACUACUACGAUGGGGAUGUUGGGAAUUAUUAUUAUGGCCAAGGACAUCCCAUGAAACCCCACAGGAUCCGCAUGACCCACAACCUGCUGCUCAACUAUGGGCUCUACAGGAAGAUGGAGAUCUAUCGUCCCCACAAGGCCAAUGCAGAGGAGAUGACCAAGUACCACAGUGAUGAUUACAUCAAAUUCCUCAGGUCCAUCCGCCCUGACAACAUGUCUGAGUACAGCAAGCAGAUGCAGAGAUUUAAUGUAGGGGAGGACUGCCCUGUGUUUGAUGGGCUCUUUGAGUUCUGUCAGCUCUCUGCUGGAGGCUCUGUUGCCAGUGCAGUGAAGCUGAACAAGCAGCAGACAGACAUUGCAGUGAACUGGGCUGGAGGGCUCCACCACGCCAAGAAAUCAGAAGCUUCUGGGUUCUGCUACGUCAACGACAUCGUGCUGGCCAUCCUGGAGCUCCUCAAGUACCACCAGCGAGUGCUGUACAUUGACAUCGACAUCCACCACGGGGAUGGGGUGGAGGAGGCUUUUUACACCACAGACAGGGUCAUGACCGUGUCCUUCCACAAAUAUGGAGAAUAUUUCCCAGGAACUGGGGACCUGAGGGACAUUGGGGCAGGCAAAGGGAAAUACUACGCUGUGAAUUACCCGCUGCGGGACGGCAUCGACGACGAGUCCUACGAAGCCAUUUUCAAACCUGUGAUCUCCAAGGUGAUGGAGACGUUCCAGCCCAGCGCUGUUGUCCUGCAGUGUGGCUCUGAUUCCCUGUCUGGGGACAGGCUGGGCUGCUUCAACCUCACCAUCAAAGGCCAUGCCAAGUGUGUGGAGUUUGUGAAGAGCUUUAACCUGCCCAUGCUGAUGCUGGGAGGAGGGGGGUACACAAUCAGGAACGUGGCUCGCUGCUGGACCUACGAGACUGCUGUGGCUCUGGACACUGAGAUCCCCAAUGAACUUCCAUACAACGACUACUUUGAGUACUUUGGGCCAGACUUCAAGCUGCACAUCAGCCCCUCCAACAUGACCAACCAGAACACCAAUGAAUACCUGGAGAAAAUCAAGCAGAGGCUCUUUGAGAACCUGAGGAUGCUCCCUCACGCUCCUGGGGUGCAGAUGCAGCCAAUUCCUGAGGAUGCUGUGCAGGAGGACAGCGGGGAUGAGGAGGAGGAUGAUCCUGAAAAACGCAUCUCCAUCAGAAACUCCAACAAGAGAAUCUCCUGUGACGAGGAAUUCUCUGACUCCGAGGACGAGGGCGAGGGCGGCCGCAAGAACGUGGCCAACUUCAAAAAAGCCAAACGUGUGAAGGCAGAGGAGGAGAAGGAGGAGGAGGAGAAGAAAGAUGAGAAAGAAGAGGAAAAAGCAAAAGAGGAAAAAGCAGCAGCAGCAACAGCAGCAGCAGAACCCAAAGGGGUGAAGGAGGAGACAAAAUCCACCUGAGGGGCUGCAGCUGCCCUGCCUGCUGUGGGUUUAACCCCCAGGAUUUCUAUUUUAUAGAUGUUUUCUGUAUAUAUUUCUAUAUAAUUGUACAAAUGACUGGAGAACUGUAAAUUAUUCCUUGCUGACCAGGGACUUUCACCCUUUGCCUUCCACUCCCCUCCUUGGUGUGGCUCCAAAAAAACACAAAAAUCACUUCCACCCCUUCCCUUCCUCUGAAAUAACCUUGCAAAAAAAAAAAAAAUAAUUUAAGUAGAAGUAGUGUCUGCAUUUCAGGUUAGGUGGAAAAUGGCCAUCAAUUCUUGCUUUUUUCCUUGAUUUUUUCUCUUUUUUUUUUUUUUUGGGGGGUGUUUUUAAUGGGACAAUUCCCAAAUGAAGCCUGGGAGAGACUUUUGUGGUUUCCAGUUGGAUUCCACCACAAGAAAAAAAACAAAAUAACAAAAUCCUGCCAGCUGGUGCCACUUCUCAGGGUCACAAUUGUGCAGUUCUUGAACAGAGUUGGUUCCUCCUGCAGCAAACUUGGGCAAAGAGAUGAAGCAGCUGAAAAAAAAACCUGAAAAAUCCAUUUUUUUUCCUUGUAUUUUUGGUUUAUUUUUAAAGUAAAUCAGCCCCAGAUCUGGAAAAUAUAAAAUUAUAAAAUAAAAAUCACCCUCAGGGGGUGGCUCAGAUUUCCAAGAUCUGCAGCCAGGGAGUGUCCAGCAUUUGCAUGGAUGGGAUGGGAUUUUUUCCCUGGUUUUUAUUCCCCUCUCUAAGUGGGGAGAAAAUUCCUCCCUUUUUGGCUUAAUUUUCUUCUGAAAUCCCAAAAAUCCCCUCAAAUCCAGCCCAGAGCCCAGCUGACAUCUUUUCUUCAAGUGUGUCCCUAAAAAAACCAAAA